AUGCUCACAAAACACGAAAAGGAGCUGAUUGCCAAAAUUUGGGACAAAAUGAUUCCAGUGGCUUCCGACAUCGGAGCUGAAUGCCUUCUAAGGUAGGCCUAAGUUAAUUGUAAAUAACAUAAAAGCAAUAACAAACAUCUGAACAUAACUUCCUUUUUGAUAAGAUGCCACUUUCGAUAUGGUAGGCUAAAAGGUGAUAAAACUAGGACAUUUCGUUGGCAAAAACUGUCUUUGCUUCUGGUAUUGGAAAAUGUAUUUGUGAAAGGUGUUAUGGAUUUAGAAUGAAAACAAAACGUAUAUGUUUUUUGUAUUGGUACAUUUUUGUUUAUUAUAUGGUUAGCCUGUUACAAUAAUUUUGCAAUUAAAUUGGGUUUAUGGUCUAUUUACCCAAACUUGGUGGGAAUGAAGCCAACAACAGAGGUCUCUCUUGGACCUGUUGUCAGUCACAAAUAUGAUGCCCAAUUCCAGACCUAUACUUUAUCACUGUAUCACAGGAUGAUGACGACAUUUCCCGGGACGAAAACAUACUUCGCCCACCUGGACAUCAGACCCGGGUCCCCACACCUGCGUUCCCACGGGAAGAAGAUAGUUCUCGCGAUAGCUGAGUGUUCCAAAGACAUCAGCUCGAUGAUGGUCACCCUGGCACCGCUCCAAACACUGCAUGCCUACAAACUGAGAAUAGACCCCUGCAACUUCAAGGUGCCUUCUCUAUUUCUCUUGAUGAACUGUUCCUUAAGAUAUUAGCCCUAGAACAUCCCUAUCCCUACUUAUAUCAUCUGCUGGAACACACUCAUUGUGCCUAAUAAUCUUUACUCCUCCCUGAAUUGUGCACUCAUUCACUACUCCCCACAAAUGUAAAGGCAUUGGAUUGGUGUUGGCAUAGACUGGGAGUUUCCACCAUAUUUCUUAUACCAGUCAUUUCAUUUAAAAAUCUAUGAAGGGAAGUGAACAAGUGCACUUGUGGUUUAUUUUGUGAUUUUUUCCUUUGUGUUUUGUUUAUUUCUCUCACAGCUUCUUUGUCACUGUAUCCUCGUGACUUUGGCCGCUCACAUGGGUGAUGAGUUCGAUCCUGUCGCGCACGCGGCCAUGGACAAGUACCUCUCGGCCUUCGCAGCCGUCCUUGCAGAGAAAUACAGAUAAGGAGCAUCAUAGCCCCAAAAUAUAAAUCAAAUGUUGCUGUUCCAUUAACUUAUUAUAGUGUAUUUUAUUUGUGUGUUUUUCUUUUGUAAUAAAACCUGACAAAAACACAUCUGAGUGCUCUUGUGUCGUUAACUCUAUAAUAAGGAGGAAAUCGUUACUUGUUCAGCUGUAUUAAGUUAUGUAGGUCAGUUGUGACAGAGUUCCCUUUGGGUAUAGAAAUGUGUAAACUAAACCGUCUGCUGUGGACCAUACAUUUCUAAAUAACAAGUACGUCCCGAGUAGAUCCCAAGUGUAUAUCAUUUGUUGAAGUUACAAGCAUAAAGUGUAUUAAAAAUGUAUUUUAAUUAGGAGGUUUUAUUAAACACGUCAUUAUUGACAUCAUUGUGGCGCAUGGCCACGCAAUGCCCCUGGCAGAAAGUCAAAUGGCAUAGUGCGUAAAGGAGAUGUUUCCACGUGGACUAUCACUGCUUAAAGUAAUGUUUUGAUGUUCUUGUAGCUAUACAGUUGUGCUUUUAUAUAUUGGCACCCUUGCAAUUUACAAUGGAGUGCAACGGACCAGAAUGUUCUGGUUGAAUGGGUUAUUUUUUAUUUUAUUGUUUUACCGUGUAGGCACCUGCAAUUUACCACAGUUGAGAUAAAUUACACAUCAAGCGAGAAUCACCUGCCUCCAACCAAAUUAAUUUGAAUUCUGAAUAAUUUAGUACAGGCCCUUUUUGUUACUUAAAGUGAAAAUCUCAAUCACAGUUGUUUUUUUGGUCCUGUGCAGUUGUACGUCAAACAAAUACACACGAUAACCACAAUAUUUUUUCAAUUUCAACUUAUUGUAGAAGAAAUAGUGAAUCGUGCAAGGGUGCCAAUAUAUUACAGCACAACUGAGGCGCAUCGGGCUUAUGUGAGGCCCAUCAUGUAUGUACAUCUAAAUAAUAAAUAACCUUGUUAUCAUUUGUGUCUCCGUUUGGCAAAUGUUGUAUUCAUCACUGAUUUAAAUUUGGACUAUUGCCACAUUUAAUACAUUAAUGUCCUAUCUUUUUUUUUUUAUGUACACGCACGAAUGUCAAUCAUGGCACGAAUGACGUUCGAGAGUUUUCCUUUUUGAGCUUCAUUUGUCAAAAAUGGAAGUGUCUUACUGUAGGAGAUAACACAGAUGUUUGUUGCAAAUAACAAGUCAGAGGAUGGGGAAACUUGUUCCCAAUGUGAGGAUUGUAACUAAAAUAUUAUUUGUAACGCUUUUAAUUAGGUCUAAUGAAAUCUCAAAAAUGGCAUCAAAUUGCCCUUGUUAUUUCAACUAUGGAAGUACACUAUCAGGAGGCAGGGUUGCAAUGAAACCAAUGCUAUGCCAAUGCCAUAGCCUACAUACUUAUUUUGCAAUCAUAAAUAAGAGAGAUCUCAUUGAAAUGCAAUGAAAAUGAUUCACAACCACAAAAUGAUGGCGAAAGUAAUGGAGAGUAGGCCUAUAUUAUUAAAGAGGUCAGCCAUAUGGAUACUUCCGAUAGUGUUGCAUACAGUACCUUCAGAAAGUAUUCAUACCCCACAUUUUGUUGUGUUACAGCCUAAAUUCAAAAUCGAUUAAAUAUAUUUUGUCUCACUCAUCUACACACAAUACCCCAUUAUGACAAAGUGAAAACUUGUUUUUAGAUUUUUUUGCAAAUGUAUAAAAAAUGAAAAACAGAAAUAUAUAAUUUACAUAAUUAUUCACACCCCUGAGUCAAUACUUUGUAGAAGCACUUUUGGCGGCGAUUACAGCUGUGAGUCUUUUUGGGUAAGUCUCUAAGAGCUUUGCACACCUGGAUUGUACAAUAUUUGCCCAUUAUUCUUUUUUAAAUUAUUCAAAAUCUUUCAAGUUGAUUGCUGAUCAUUGCUAGACAGCCAUUUCCAAGUCUUGCCAUAGAUUUUCAAGCCGAUUUAAGUCAAAACUGUAACUCGGUCACUCAGAAACAUUCAAUGUCGUCUUGGUAAGCAACUCCAGUGUAGAUUUGGCCUUGUGUUUUAGGUUAUUGUCAUGCUGAAAGGUGAAUUUGUCUCCCACUGUCUGUUGGAAAGCAGACUAAACCAUGUUUUCCUCUAGGAUUUUGUCUGUUCUUAUAGCUGUAUUCCGUUUAUUUUUACCCAAAAAAUCUCCCUAGUCCUUGCCGAUGACAAGCAUACCCAUAACAUGAUGCAGCCACCACCAUACUUGAAAAUAUGAAGAGUGGUACUCAGUGAUGUGUGUUGGAUUUGCCCCAAACAUAAUGCUUUGUAUUCAGGACAAAAAUUGCAUUUCUCGUUUGCAGUAUUACUUAAGUGCCUUGUUGCAGACAGAAUGCAUGUUUUGGAAUAUUUGUAUUCUGUACAGGCUUCCUUCUUUUCACUCUGAUGUUUAGGUUACUAUUGGAGUAACUACAAUGUUGUUCAUCCAUCCUCAGUUUUCUCAAAUCACAACCAUUAAACUCUGUAACUGUCUCAAAAUCAUUGGCCUCAUGGUGAAAUCCCUGAGCAGUUUCCUUCCUCUCCAGCAACUGAGUUAGGAAGGAUGCCUGUAUCUUUGUAGUGACUGGGUGUAUUGAUACACGAUCCAAAGUGUAAUUAAUAAUAAUAUAUAUAUUUUACCCAUCUACCAAUAGGUGCCCUUCUUUGCGAGACAUUGGAAAACCUCCCUGGUCUAUGUGGUUGAAUCUGUGAAAAUUCACUACUCAAUUGAGGGACCUUACAACAGAUAAUUGUAUGUGUGGGGUACAGAGAUGGGGUAGUCAUUUAAAAAUCAUGUUAACCACUAUUAUUAAACACGGAAUGAGUCCAUGCAACUUAUUAUGUGACUUGUUAAGCAGAUUUUGACUCCUGAACUUAUUUAGGGUUGCCAUAACAAAGGGGUUGAAUACUUAUUGACUCAAUACAUUUUAGCUUUUAUUUUUGUAUUAAUUUAAACAAAAUUCUACAAACAAAAUUCCACUUUGACAUUAUGCAUUAUUGUGUGGAGAUCAGUGACACAACAUCUCAAUUUAAUCAAUUUUAAAUUCAGGCUGUAACACAACAAAAUGUGAAAAAAGUAAAAGGGUGUGAAUACUUUCUGAAUGCACUGUAUGUAUAGGCUUUAACCUGAGAGUUACCCUCAGAAUCUAUUUUUGGUUUCAAAGUCAAGGUUUUUUGCUGUUUCACGGAAAUCAACCAAAAUGAGGACCUAUUCAACAAUGUUCAAUUAUGUUUUAUCUAAAGCAUGAUGGGUUAUCUACAACCAAUCAUAUUCACUUUUUCGUUUUGGGGGUGGAGUGCGUAAAUACCAUAAAAAUAAAGAUUUCCGAUUCUCACUAGAAACUAAGCUAAAUCAUUAUGAGCAACCAUGGUUGAGUGGACAGAUGAAGAGCGCGCGGCCAUCUCCUACAUCUUCUCUUCUAGACUAUGACGACGUUGGCCCAAAGUCCCUGUCAAGGUAAAACAAGAAACUUAGGUUUACUUUAAUUUGGAUUGUUAGUCCGCUUAAUCUUCAUCCUCUUCGUCAUUUUCUGUUGUUGUUCAGCCUCACUCUGUUCUGUCCGCUCCCCUCAGGUGUCUGAUCGUGUACCACUGGACCCAGAGGUAUUUUGGGGGCUUCGGCAACCUGUACAACGCAGAGGCCAUCAUGAACAACCCUCUGAUUGCUAAGCACGGCACCACGGUGCUGCGCGGUCUGGACAGAGCUCUGAAGAAUAUGGAUGACAUCAAGAACACCUACGCCGAGCUGAGUAUUCUGCACUCCGAGAAACUGCACGUGGAUCCGACAACUUCAAGGUAAGAUACAAAAGUACAUUGAAGUUCAAUUAAUGAAUGUUUUUUUUGUGUGUGCAAAGUAUAAAGUAUAUCAUUACACCACUCGAUCAAGCUACCCCCAAAUACAUUCUAAACAUCUCACUUCUGCUUUGGUUCGUUUUCUUUCACAGCUGUUAUCUGACUGUCUGACCAUCGUCAUUGCCGCGAAGAUGGGUAACACCUUCACCCCCGAGUAUCAGGCAUCCUUCCAGAAGUUCUUGUCCGUGGUGGUGUCUGCUCUGGGCAAACAGUACCACUAGAGUCAGUCUCCAUAUAGCUGACAGAGGAGAUAGCCUGUGUGCUCAUGUGUUUCACUCUUCAAUGAAGAAAUACAAUAAGAAUAGAAGCAUCUGUUUGUUGAUCAUGUGUGUUCCUUUUACACGUGCGUAAUUAUAUCCAUGUAAGCCUAGACAAAUUACACUUUAAGCAUAGCUAAUAGAAUAAGACACAUUUAAAGGGUUCAAUGGUUAUUUCAUAUAUAGAUGUUAGAUCUACACAUUAUAAACAUUUGAAUUCAAUAAUACAUUAGAGAACAUGAACAAGUUAGCGAAUGGAUGCACAUUGCCUACAAGCCAACAGAGUUGGCCAGGCUGAAUCGUACUGUUGCUGGCUGUAAAACACGUGACAAACAUUAAUAUGACUAUUAAUGCAUAAAACAUAAAAAAACAAAACUAUGAAGUGAUACACCUCUAUGUCUUGACUGAGAAGAAAAAGUGGCCUAUAAAACGCACAUCAAUGCACCAUGGAUGGAUUGCGCAAUUUCAACGUUUUUGUCUUUAACAGUUAAUAUGCACUUUUCAAAAGUAUUUACUUUAAAUUUACAUGAGUGUACUGUAGCUGUUGUCAUAUUGAUAUCCGUCAUGCAAAACAGUAUAUUCCAGAAACUUUUAAUCCCCUGUUAAGUUUGUUUUUCGUUUUGUUUGAUACAAUUGACCUCUAAUGUAGGCUAUAUUUAGAAAAAGCUAGUUUGUUUGGUGCAGGAAACUACCCCAUAUUCAUAAAAAAAAAAAAAAAGUUUUACACAUUGGCCAAAGUUUUUUUUCUCUAUAUAAGGGGAUGAGAUUCAAGAUUCCUAUACCAGAUCCAUACAUGAUUAAGGUCAGCAGGUAGCCUACAUGACGUGACCCACAUCAACCUGUUCCAUGUUGGCCCCUGCAGCAGCUGGCCUGGCCUCUCCAGCUGUGACCUACGAGGGGUUUCAGAAGAUAAGAAUGGCAACACCUAGUGUUAUCUUUAACCACAUACAGUAGGCCCGGACAAGAUCUGCCAAAGUCUAUGUGUGAAAGGCGUAUAUAUGCGUCUUACAUUUAUUUCAUGAAAGCAUCCCAAUAAAAUGUAUAACCAUAUGUCUCUCCACUGUGGCUAUACUGUUCCCAAGCAGAUUAUUCCUCAUCAUCCCACAGGCAGAUGUAGAAGGCAGCUGCCACAUAACUAACACCUUCAUAAAGAAAGUUACAUAACAUAUCCUCAGUAUCACGAUAUCAGGCACUUCAUUCUAGAAAUCAUUCUAUUCGUUGAGAACCUAUCGAAUGUUGGUCUUCAUUCUGUUUGUUCCCCAUCUGCUAAUAUCAAGUCACCACUCCUCUGUUAGCAACUCAAUCAAUUAUAAAACGGUCACUUUUCUAUUUUCAUAAGAACAGACCAAUCGUUAUACUUAGGUUAUUGUCAAAUAGCAAGCAGCAGUAAGUCUUCAUCAUCAUUAUAUUGUGUAAGAUAUAUUAUUGCAUUAUAACAGAUCAUAUCUGUUUCAUAGUAAGAUAUCGAAGUCCCAAUUUUAUGAAAAGAGGCUACAUUUUUUGAUAAAUGUUUCUAGGCUAUAUUUAGCUCUAAUAGAUAUGGCGGCAACGCCUGGCAACGCCUGGCAAUGCACUUGGGUAAUGAAGCCUAUGUCAAACGUAUAGGGAUUUGCUGUGUUACCAUAUAUAGCCAAAAGCGAUAAGACAAGACAACACCCUCAAUUCACCGAACUGAUGUUCCAUCUCACUCAUCAUUUCACAAAAUUAUCUCCUCAUAGCCAAUAGAAACCGAGUAGAGGUGGGGCUUGGUGACAUGUAUGUCUUGGGCCAUAAAAGAGGUGUCAGGAUCCAUCUAACUUCAGACCCAUCUAAAGCUUCAUUCAUCCUCUGAAUAGCUUGUGUGGUAUAGCAGAACCUCUUGCCAAAAUGAGCCUAUCAGCUAAGGAAAAAGUCAUCGUCAAAGACUUCUUUGCGAAGGUCUCCAGCAGGUCGGAUGAGAUCGGCGCCGAGGCUCUCGCCAGGUAAAUAUUGGGAGACUUUAUCAUCAGUUAGGCUACAAUGGGGUCGAGUCUAUCGAAAAUCAUUCGAUUUAUGGAAAUUGUAUUAGACGUUAUUGUAUUAAAUAACUCUAAUAGAAUAUGAUCUAACGGGCCUAUAUGUAUUUCUAAAAAUACAAACCAAUCCCUGAAACUGACUGCAAAAUAAUGAUUCAAUGCAUCCCUUAUCAGAUACAAAAUAUUCGACAGAGCAAUUACCCAAUUACCACUUACCCUAACCAAUCCUUUCUCUCCUUCCUCCAUGCAGGCUGAUCGUGGUGUACCCCCAGACCAAGUCUUACUUCGCUCACUGGAAGGACCUGAGCCCCAACGGCGCUCCGGUUAGGAAGCACGGCAUCACGGUCAUGGGUGGCGUGUACGAGGCCGUGAGCAAGAUCGAUGACCUGGCUGGUGGUCUCCUGACCCUGAGCGAGCUGCACGCCUUCAUGCUUAGAGUUGACCCUGUCAACUUCAAGGUAAUUAUCACGAACUAUAGCCAACAUAGCCGUAUGGGCCAUGUAUUAGCUUACCUAUAACGUUUGCAGAAGGUGUCGUUGCACUUUUGUCAGUAUAAUCAAACUGACUCUUUGCUCUGUUUGUCCCUCGUCAGAUUCUGUCCCACUGCAUCCUGGUGGUCUUGUCCAUGAUGUUCGCGGAGGAGUUCACCCCUCAGAUCCAUGUUGCCGUGGACAAGUUCCUGGCCCUGCUGGCCCUGGCUCUGGCUGAGAAGUACCGCUAAAGGACCAAUCAGCACCAACACACACCAACACGCCAGCACUCACACCUGCUGUGGUCCUCAGUGUUGGAAAUAAAUGGUCUUCUUUAUUGAGAAAUAAAAAGUUACAUCAAAAUGUAAUAAUUAUAUCCUUAAUAUGUUUACUUUUGAAUAAUGUUAUAAUUAGGUUGGUAAAAAUACCAUAACAUAUAGAAAACAGCAAUGUUACACUGCACAUAAUGUAACCAAUUACUUGUCGCAUGAUUAUUCAAAGCAACUUCAACCAUUUAUUACAUCUUAAAACAGAAAAUGCCAUGGAAUAUGUUGCAAUUCCCCUACAGACACUCAAUUGAAAUAUAAAAAGGGUGAUUUUUGCAGUUUCCCUGUGUUGUACUGCUUCUGCUUCUCUGCUUCACUUAAGUUGGCCAUACCUGACAAAAGUAACACAGUAGGAUUUGGUUAAGAUACUGUAACAAUACUGAAUGCUUAUUUGUGUUGAUAGCAUAUUUGUAUGAACUUUGAUAAUAACUUACAUAUACACAAAGUUCAAUGGUGUUACUGAUAGUCACUGGUGUUACCAGCAGCAGUAGAAACAAAAGUGAGGAGCAGUAACACCAGUGAUAACCAAGAUAAAGUCCACAGUCACUCUUACCAGAAUUCAUCAAUCAUACAAACAUUUAUAAAUUGUGUGAUUUCAUUUUUCCCCCCCUCCAAAUUAUAUUCCCUUUGCAUAAGAAUGACAAACACCAAUGACAUUUGAUUUAACACAUGAAUUUACCAAAGAUAUCUUUAAAUUGGUGAGAAUAUGAAAAGAGUGUGCAGAACCACCAUGUGCUUCCAUAAAUGCUGCUCCUCCAAUGAGCCAUUUGCCAUAGGAAGUAAUUCUCAAGGAAGUUGUGUGUUUUCAAAACUGAAAUUUAUUUGAAGCGAUAACACCAAUGAAAAUAAAUUGAGGGACAGGUAUUCCUACAAGUUAUUUAAACUAUUUUCUAAUAAUUUUAGUUUUUUGGUUAUCUAUUCAGUACAUCUAAUGCUUUUAUUUAAUUCAUGGCAUUCAAAACAAUAUAUACACUAUCGUUCAAAUGUUUGGGGCCACUUAGAAAUGUCCUUGUUUUC